UGGCCAGUUGAGUCAAAUAGUGAUAACUAAGAAAAUAUGCAAAACUGAAUAAUAUAUUUUUUAUUAAUAGAUUAAUUUAAUUCUGUCAAGUAAUCAUGGAUUUGUUUUUAUUUUACAUGUGGUGUAUUUGUCUUGGUAGUGUCUCGGGCGCAGUAACAGCUGAUGGUGAAUCAAAAAGAACCUACCAGGUUGAUUCAGUGAGAAUUGCUUUAAAGCCUCCAAAAAAUAUUACAGUAUUCCUCGUCACAGAGACCACCAUGUAUAUAUCAUGGCAAUCACCCGCAGUAUAUCCUAUUCAUGACUGGAAUGCAACUGCUGUGGACUUUGAUGACAAUACAACAUCGACUACACCAUCAUCGCAAGGCACAACUGUAACAUCGACCGUGACAACAACCCCAGUCAGUACGGAGGCACUGAACGCCACAACAACAGCAAAGGGGAGUAACUCUACUAAUGGAACUGGAACCAGUCCGGUAGCUCCAUCAUGCAUGCCGCGUGGAUUUUUUCUAAAUCACAAUUAUUCCUCAAACGCGACCAAUAGUACACAGACACCAAAACUUCAUGUUGAUUUUGUAAACAACAUAUCAUCACCUGGCAACGUGACAGAAACGGACACCGAUGAUCUCAUGGUGCCAUUUGACCAGGCUUGCGUUGAAAAGUACAUAGUGCAUUAUAUCAACAAUGCAACAGGAGCAAACCUGACUAUGAUUGUCCAGCCAGCCAUUGAUGAUGAGGAUAUUACUGAAGCAAAUAUCACAGGCUUGGAGUCCAACACUACCUACACAUUGUAUGUAGCUGCUCAGUACAUUUCUGGACAUAUUCUCAAUUCUCAGAGCAUUGUCACCACAACCAGGAACAGAGAGUGUCAUUGUGACUACUUUGGCACAAAUUCCAAACUUGUCGCAGGAAAGAGAGCCAACAUUUUGUGUAACCUGACGGGCCCUCGCUGGUGCUUCUGUAAUGUAGGAUACACUGGGCUUUUCUGUGAACUCUGCGCCCCGGGCUACUACCGAAGUGGGCCUAUGUUUGAAUGCCAUCGAUGUCCCUGCAGUCCAGAGCUGACCAUCAGACCGACAUGUUACUUCAGAGAAGGCUAUCUAGUAUGCAACAUGUGUAAAAAACGAUACAGUGGUGCCAUGUGUGAGAACUGUGCUUACGGCUUUUAUCGCUACAAUCGAAAAUGCAUUCCAUGCGAGUGUCAUGGCAACACAUAUCCUGGUGCCACUCAAAUGUGUGACCCAUAUUUAGGAUAUUGUAUACACUGUAUGCACAACACCUCCGGUUUUAACUGUGAAAGGUGCGUGGAAGGCUAUGUUGGCGAUCCAAUUCAUAAAAAAAACUGCAUGCUCAAAGAAGAUGUACCAGGUGAAGGUGGCAUGCCGAAGGGUGUAAUUGCGGGAAUAUGCAUUGCCAUCAUCCUGACGCUGUCUGGACUUGUGGGCUUUGCUGUGUAUCGUCGAUGGAAGAUCUUCCCUCCUAAGAAACCGUUCUGGACCGUGGAGCUGAAGGAAGACCGAGACAGCGUGAAUUUCAGCGCAGUUCCCGAGAACGACUUCCAAAACGACACAGCAGGAGUGGAUGAUUUAAGUUUCUAUGAAAGUCACGGAGGUAAAGUCUCGGGUAAAGGUGUUUCUCGCUAUUCGCCACUGAAGGAGGACAUCUAGUGGUACAAUCUAACACGUGACGCGAUCUUAUUUGUUACAUUAAGAGGUCUAGGCCAGUGCAAGAAUGUCCUGUCUACAAAAAAAAAAAAUUGGUAUGUGCUUUCAUGUUCAUUUGAAAUUUUUGAGCAGGUUAAUGUCAGUCAUAAAAAUCUAUAAUUUUUCUGAAAUGCCUUUCUGUAGUUUAAUCAUAUAUAUCAUGACAUACAUGUAUACAGAAUAUAAAAUCCAAAUUUUACUUAUUGAAUGCUUGUUUUCUCAAUUCUUGCACUGACCCAUCAGGAAAUGUGGGUGGGUUUUUUAAAGUUCUUUGUUGCAGAAUUUUUGAAGAAUUACAUAAUUGUUUUUUUUUGUUGUUUUUUUGGUUCAUGUAACACUUUAAAAAAAAAAAAAAAAAAAGAUUUCUGA